UUUUGUGCGAGUUUCGGGUGGUUUUAUUUUUUUUUCGUGUCUCUUUCGAAACAGAUUCUCAAAAUACACGUAACGAUAAUCACACAUUCCCUCAAGAUAGUGAGCUCAUUGUUGAUCAUGCGUAGUUUCAUACAUAUGUUGUAUUCGGUGCAUGUGUUGUGUGUUGCGUGAGUCAAAAGAUGAUUCUGGUAAAUUAAAGUGGUGAAAAGUAAAUUAAAGAUUCGAUGAUGGUCUUGGACCAUUUAAAAUUUAGUUGUUUUUCAAAAAUAAAUAAGACUUUGUGGAUAAAAGCCCCGUGUAUACCUAAGAAAGCUUCAAAAGUAUUUGAAGCUUUCGAGGCCGUGUUCAUGGAACUAUGAACCUAGACUCGUUGUCUUUUACCUUGUCACAAAUAAGUUAUUUAGUUGCAUCAUUAACCAAAAAGAACUACAAGCAAGUCGUUGCCGAACUCUCAAAGUUGGUAACUUUGCAUGGUCUGGAGGCGGACCGUCACUUGCUCCAAUGUCUAUUUUCAUCAGUGGACUUUUCUGAAUCUACAAGCAAAAUAACCGCUCCAUCUCCUCAAAAUCAAGCAUUGUUAGAGCAGUGUUCGAACUUGUUAAACAAACCCUCGCUGUUGUCGUCUGUUUGUUACAUUACAGACAAUCCAUUGAGUAACAACAAGGCUUUUAAAUUUGGACCCCAGUUCUUCCAUCAGUUGAGCAAGUGCCUUCGCCUCUCAGCUGUACAGGAAGUCGUUUUCGCUCUCGCCCUUCGCCACUCUUCAAACCCGGAAGUCUCUUCUCUAGCCCAGGCACAUUUACGGCUAACGGUUCCGACUCUCGUCCAGUCCUACAUUGAGACUGAAGGCAGCACUCGUCAGCACGAAGGGGGUCUCCACGAGACCACCCCUGAGGUUCUCCACUUGAUCCUCUCUGCCGUUUUGAAAGCUCCUAAAGACGUAGGACUUACCAACAACGCGCACCGGGCGUUUCUCGAUACUCUCCAACGCGACUUUCCAAAAGACCUCGUUCCUGUAGUGUUAGCACCGUUAGUUUACCCCGAACAUUGUGAAUUGUCGCCGGAAAUGUCAUCCGAGGGCCCCGGUUUAUCCGGGGGCAUGUUAGAGACUUCACUGGCUGAUCUAGUAGCUGAGAUCGGUUUUGGUUUUACUUCGUCAGUAGAAGAAUGUCGGAACAACUUGAUGAAGCUUGGGGGAAGAGACAUCACCCCUGCGACCGUGGCUCGGAUUCUUACCGUUAUGUGCCGAACACACAGUGGCCUUGAAGAAUCACUCAGUCUACAAUCGCCAGGCAGUUUUAAUAAGGGAAAUGAGGGACGCACUUGGAAUGUGGAGGUUUUCGUUCAGGCGUUAAAAGAGGUCGUGCCGAACUUUCAAUGGGCUAAUGCUGUGGCCGAAUUGGACCAUCCUGAAUUUGUUAUUAAAGAUAGGCAAGGACUCAUUAUUUUAAUAAGUGCACUUCGACAUGGCCUCCAGACCCUGGGAUUUCACCCGGAGACUUUUCCAAUCGACCAAUUUUAUAAAAGGUGGACGAACGUGGAGGGACAGUUCAGUCUCAUACAACAUGUACUCAAAAAUCCAGAUGUGUUCUGUUUUGCUGACUAUCCCGCGAUGACUGUCAGUGUAGACGUUCUUAAAACACCACCGGAACAAGACAGCAAAGAACUUGCCAAUUGGAGAUCGUUAAAUCUCGUCGAAUUGCUCCUACACAUGUCUGAGUGUGGCUUGUUCACUUACGUCCAAGAAUUAUUCAAAUAUCCAAUGCAUAACUGUCCUGACGUUUUAGUUCUCGCAUUAUUGCAAAUACAAGGACCGGUAACGCUUCUGAGACAAGAAUUACUUUCAAACUUGAUUCCUAUAUUUCUCUUAAAUCACCCAAACUCGGCGAUAAUACUACAUCAUGCAUGGCACACUACCAACAUAAAUAUAAAAUCUAUAAUAAUGCACGCCAUGGCCGAAUGGUACGUGCGAAGUGACUGCGACCAGACGAGACUAUCCCGAAUUCUCGACGUUGCCCAAGAUUUGAAAGCUCUAUCAAUGCUCCUAAACGCUCAGAAUCAACAAUCUUACCCUUUCAUCAUAGACUUGGCUUGUCUUGCAUCGAGACGAGAAUACCUCAAGCUCGAAAAGUGGCUUUCUGAUAAAAUCAGAGAACACGGCGAACCUUUUGUUCAAGCUUGCGUCAAGUUCUUGCAUCGUCGUUGUCCGCAAAUCCUCGGUAAAACCGACGACGCGAUGACGAAAGCUUCGUCUUUACCUAACGAAACUUUGACCACGAUUAUGAUUUGUCUGCAAUCCUGCAUGAACAGCGUUAGUCCAGAAUGCCAAGAGGCCAUAAUUAACGUCACCACAGGCUGUAGUAUUUUACUGAAAUCGCGUCAACAGCCGGCCCUUGUUCGGUCCAGGGGCGUAGAGGGGCCGUUUAGCGUUUCGGCUAUUUCGGGACAGCUUUACAACCACUCCGGUGUAGAUACUAUUCCUGGUUUGACUACGAAUUUGGCUAGUAUGACAAUGUCGGGGCCUACGAGUUCUGCGUUUAAUUUGCAAGGGGGCCUCGGCCCGCUAGUACAAUCUCCCGGUUCUCCAUCGCGGAUUUUGGGUGCUGGUCCAUCUAAUAGUCCGUUCCCGAUGAUGCCGUUGCAACAUCAAGGACCUGUGGGGACGAGCUCGUCGCUGGUUUUGGGAGUUAAUCAAAUUGGGAAUAUUGGAAGGAUGGGACCGGCGUCAAAUAUUGAUAAAAGUAGGAUUCCUGAAUAUAAUUUGUUUCCGGAAAUGUCGCCCAACGUAUCGAAGGAUAUUGAAGACGAAGCUAACAGCUAUUUUCAAAGAAUUUACAAUCAUCCUCCUCAUCCCACUUUGUCGAUUGAUGAGGUGUUGGAUAUGUUGAAGAGGUUCCAGGAUUCGCACAAUAAACGGGAGAGAGAAGUCUUCAAUUGCAUGCUGCGAAACCUGUUCGAGGAAUACAAGUUUUUCCCACAAUAUCCCGAGAAAGAACUGUUUAUCACUGCCCAACUUUUUGGAGGUAUAAUCGAAAGGAGCAUUGUAACAUCUUACGUAGCGUUAGGGUUGGCUCUGCGCUUCGUUUUAGAAGCCCUCAAAAAACCAGAGGGAUCUAAAAUGUAUUAUUUCGGCAUUGCAGCUCUGGAUAGAUUUAAGAGUCGACUAAAAGACUAUCACAAAUAUUGCGAACAUGUGCGAGCCAUACCUCAUUUUUCCGAAUUUCCGCCACAUUUACAAGAAUAUGUUGAAUAUGGUUUGCAAAGUGUUGAACCUCCAAAUAAGCCACAAGGUUCUGUUUUACCGGCUAGUAUGGCUUCGAUGCUUGCACCACCUAAUACUCCAGUUUCACAAGUGUAUAAACCGAAUUCGACUAUUAGUUCUAGUGCACCGAGUAAGGCAAGUACUACUACUACUAGUACUUUGGGGAGUAGACCUUCUAUAGCCAAUGCAACAAAUAUCGAUACACUUCUUGUCGCUACAGAAAAAGAUGAGAAAGUAAUAGCGCCACCGGAAGCCCUACAGGAUAAAAUUGCCUUCAUUUUUAAUAAUUUAAGUCAACUGAAUCUUAAACCAAAAUGUGAUGAGUUACGUGAAUUAGUUUCGGAAGAAUACUGGCCUUGGUUAUCUCAAUAUUUAGUAAUGAAGAGAGCUUCAAUCGAGUUGAAUUUUCAUGGGCUGUAUUCCAAUUUUUUGGAUACGUUGAAUAACAACGAGGUUUACAGAAUGGUCACUAAAGAAACAUUCAGAAAUAUCAAAGUACUUUUAAGAUCAGAUAAAGGAAUAGAAAAUUUCUCUGAUAGGUCAUUAUUAAAAAAUUUGGGUCACUGGUUGGGAAUAUUGACUUUGGCUCGAAACAAACCAAUUCUUCAAAUCGAUUUAGAUCUAAAAUCUCUACUAGUAGAAGCCUACAAUAAAGGUCAACAAGAAUUGUUGUACGUGGUGCCAUUCGUAGCGAAAGUGAUAGAAUCGUGCGCUAAAAGCAAAGUUUUCAAGCCUCAAAAUCCUUGGACCAUGGCCAUCAUGAAUGUUCUCGCCGAACUUCAUCAAGAGCAGGACUUAAAACUAACUCUGAAAUUUGAAAUCGAAGUGUUGUGCAAAAACCUCGAUAUUGACAUCACUCAACUAAAACCAACUAUGUAUUUGAAAGAUCCUGAACGCAUUCACAAAAUUGAGUAUCAGUUAUCUCAGCCAUCUAAGAAAGAAAACGUUUUGAUACCGUCAUCACAAGGCAACAUUCCACAACAAGGUGCUAUAAACGAACCGGAAUUGGUGAAUAUGCUUCCUGGACAAGCGGCUAAUUCUCCCGUUACACACAAUAAUAGUACCACUCCAACGUCGGCAUUGUCGGCCCCUCCAGAGCCCCGAUUUAGCUAUGGGGACAUCCAAAUCGCCGGAAUGACGUCGUUCCAGACUCACACUGUCGUCAGUCCGUCUAUCUUGUUAUUUCAAAAUCAGCCACAAUUAAAGCCUCUGGUUAGGUCGUCCAUUGAACAUGCUGUGCAGGAAUGGAUAGCGCCUGUGGUUGACCGUUCCAUCAAAAUCGCCUUGCAGACCGCCGAACAAAUCAUCAGAAAGGAUUUUGCCUUGGAUCCGGACGAGGGAAGGAUGAGGCUAGCCGCGCAUUUUAUGGUCAGGAAUCUAACCGCCGGUAUGGCAAUGAUAACGUGUCGAGAUCAGUUGUUAUCUGCGAUAAAUACGCAUCUGAAACAAGCCCUUUUGGCGAAUAUUGGUUCGCCUACUUUGCAACAAAAGGAGAUGAUCGAACAAGCGGCCAAUAUUAUUGCUAAUGAUAAUAUGGAGUUAGCUUGUGCUUUUGUUCAGAAAACGGCCGUCGAGAAGGCAAUUCCCGAAAUUGAUAAGCGGUUGAUGAGCGAGUACGAUCUUAGGAAGAUGGCGAGACAAGAAGGACGGCGUUACUGCGACGCCAUUGCCUUGACUUACCAAGCAGAACGAAUGCCCGAACAGAUACGACUAAAAGUCGGCGGCAUUUCGAACAGUCAAAUGGCCGUGUACGAAGAAUUCGCCCGAAAUAUUCCAGGAUUUCUACCGAACGAACGCGAUUCGAGUAUUCUGAUGCAAAAACAAAAUUUGGCACCAAUUGAAACCCAGAUACAUCCAACCACACCAUUUCCACUGCCACAAGCAGCGGUCCUCAACGAUGACUUGAGCAUAAUUUUUGAGAAAUUGUGUCUCGAAAUCGAGCAGUUUGUUCAAGCUACAUCCGGACAACCCCAAUAUUCACACAUGAGUUCUAAUCUGCUCUUAAUCAGAGAAUGUCUUUUACACACUUCGCGAAAUAGGGAUCCUACUCCGCCACAAGCGAUGGUACAAAAAUGCGUGGAGAGUCUACAAGAGUCCCUUGUUUCGAGCGAAGCCGAUCCUGUCGUUAUGCGUUUCAAAGAGAUCAUAAUUAGAGUUUUGAAAUCUUUCCAAGAUCCACGAGUUUUCGGACAGCAAUGGACUAACAAACUGGUCACGAGAUUUUUGACCGAAUGUCGAGAAGAUUACCGCUACAAUAUCGACGCUGUCGAUACUCUAAUAAAAUCUGGCCUUGUUCAUGUUCCUCAGUAUGAUUUGACACUGGCCCAGUGUAUGGAAAACGGUGUGAAUUACAUGGGAGUCAACUUUGCCAUGCAGUUGGUCCAGUUGUAUCUGAUCGACGAUCGUAAUAACCAGUUUGUAACCGACAACGACCUUUGCAAUACGAUCGAAAUGUUGGCCAAAAUACAGACUCAUAUGAGGCAGCCACCCGAAGGUUUGGGCAAUAUUAUCGAAAUACUGAGACAGAAUCCUGAAACACCCUUCUUUGGAGAUCGGGCACCUGUGGGUCCUACUCUUCACAUCCAUAACGGAAUUCUUCAGGUGCGCGGCCCAUAUCAUGAUGAUCCUCCGGGAUUUGUCGAGAAAACCGACUUCUUGUUGAGGGAGUGGAUAAGCAUCUACAACCAACCACAAGGCCGCGACUCUACGAAAGCAUUCGGCGUAUUUGUGCAUCAAAUGAACAUGCAUGGAAUUCUAAAAACCGACGAAUUGAUUACAAGAUUUUUCAGAUUGUCAACACAGUUGUGUGUUGAAGCGGUGUACAGAAUAAUUUCAGAUAAAACAAACGCACAGUUACCAACAGUCCGAGCGAAAUGUUACAACACGUUAGAUGCCUUCGUCCGACUAGUAGCCCUCCUGGUGAAACAUUCAGGUGAUGCCAAUAACACCACUACAAAAAUUCAUCUUUUGAAUAAAGUUUUGGGCAUCGUCGCCGGCUGUUUGCUGCAAGAUCACGACACCAGAACCAUCGAGUUCAAUCAGUUACCAUACCAAAGGAUUUUUACGAUGUUGUUCCUCGAGUUGAAUUCCCCCGAACCUGUUUUGGAAGCCAUCAAUUUUCACGUGUUGAAUGCAUAUUGCCACACUCUUCAUAUUUUGCGUCCGACGAAAGCGGCCGGUUUUUGUUACGCCUGGUUGGAGUUAGUGUCCCAUAGAAUCUUUAUGGGACGGAUGCUGGCAGGAACUCCACAACAGAAAUGUUGGCCUUUGUACGCGCAACUUCUCAUCGAUCUUUUCAAAUAUUUAUCGCCGUUUCUGAGGAAUGCCGAGUUGGCCAAACCUGUGACUAUGCUUUACAAAGGCACCUUGAGGGUAUUGUUGGUCCUCCUCCAUGAUUUCCCCGAGUUCCUAUGCGACUACCAUUACAAUUUCUGCGAUGAGAUUCCACCAAAUUGUAUUCAAAUGAGAAACUUGAUUUUGUCGGCCUUUCCUCGCAACAUGAGACUCCCCGAUCCUUUCACUCCCAACUUGAAGGUCGAUAUGUUGCCCGAAAUUGCCUUCGGUCCCAGGAUCUUAGCAAAUAUCCCGAUUAACAUAACUCCAGCUCAAUUCAGAAAAGAUCUGGAUUCGUAUCUGAAAGCCAGAGCCCCAGUGACCUUCCUAUCAGAAUUGAGAAGCAAUCUUCAGAUUUCCAACGAUCCUGGAGUGCGUUAUAACAUCCCCUUGAUGAACGCUUUGGUUUUGCAUGUGGGCAUGCAAGCUAUAGCGUAUAUCAGAGGCAAGGGACAUCCCCCAAACAUGUCCACCAUCGCACACAGUGCCCAUAUGGACAUCUUCCAGAACCUCGCUGUCGACUUGGAUACGGAAGGGAGAUACUUAUUCCUGAAUGCCAUAGCGAAUCAGCUGCGUUAUCCUAAUAGCCACACGCACUACUUCUCUUGCACUUUGUUGUAUUUGUUCGCCGAAGCCAACACCGAAGCGAUUCAAGAGCAAAUAACGCGAGUUCUUCUGGAGAGGUUGAUCGUCAACAGGCCGCAUCCAUGGGGACUGCUGAUUACCUUCAUCGAGUUAAUCAAAAAUCCCACCUAUAAGUUUUGGAGUCACGAGUUUGUGCACUGCGCUCCAGAGAUUGAAAAGUUAUUUGAGUCGGUUGCCAGAUCAUGCAUGGUGCAGAAAACAGCAGUGCAGCAAGCCCAAGAAAAUGAAAUCCAAGAGUGAUAACAUGUCUUUGUGAUUUGUAUAUAUUGAAAUGGUUACAUAUUGUGAACUCGAAUUAUUUUAAUUUGCUUUAUAUUAUUUUUCUGUUUUUGGUAUUAUGCGAUUAAUUAAUUUUCUUUAUAGGUAUAAGGAUAGAUGUAGAUAUAGCUCUGUAAAAAUUAGUUAUUUUUAAGAAAUUUUCAAGUAUUUGUAAUUACUAUAAAUAUGUGGAUGUAUUAAAUGGUUUUCAAUGUUUUGAAGAAAGCA